CCACCAAUAACUAAAUUUAGCAAUUGUAGUUAUUCUACAUUUUGGGAUCAUUCUAUAGUUAAGAAAAGAUGUUUGUUCUACAAUAUUCAUACAAAGGACAUAUUUACGCUGGCGCGCUGUGGGAAUGGUAUUGUUGAAGAAGAAGAGGAGUGUGACUGUGGAACUUUACAGCAUUGUGCAAAAGAUGCCUGUUGUCUGUCAAACUGCACUCUGAGUUUUGGGUCUAGUUGUGCUUUUGGACUUUGUUGCAAGAACUGCAAGUUCUUACCAUCAGGGCAAGUGUGUAGAAAGGAAGUCAAUGAAUGUGAUCUUCCGGAGUGGUGCAAUGGAACAUCCCAUUUGUGCCCAGAUGACGUAUAUGUGGAAGAUGGAAUUCCCUGCAAUGACAGUGCCUACUGCUAUGAAAAGAAAUGUAAUGACCGCACUGCACAGUGUAGGCAGAUUUUUGGCAAAAAAGCAAACAAUGCAAAUCACAGUUGCUAUAAACAGAUAAACACUGUAGGCGACCGUUUUGGUAACUGUGGUACACAAAACGCUUCAUAUGUAAAAUGUAAUAUCUCAGAUAUCCUGUGUGGGAGGAUUCAGUGUGAGAACGUAAAUGAAAUUCCCCUUCUGAGAGAUCAUUCUACAGUGCAUUGGGCUUACUACAAUGGGAUCAACUGCUGGAGUACUGACCACCACUUUGGGAUGACCAUACCUGAUAUAGGUGAAGUGAAAGAUGGCACAGAGUGUGGUGCAGAACAUCUUUGCAUCCACAGGAAGUGUGUCCAUAUAUCUCAGUUAGAUAGCAAUUGUUCACCCUCAUUCUGUAACAGGAGGGGGAUCUGCAACAAUAAACAUCACUGCCAUUGCAACUAUUUGUGGGACCCUCCCAACUGCCUAAUAAAAGGCCAUGGAGGUAGUAUUGACAGUGGUCCACCUCCUAGGAGAAAGAUGAUAAAUAA